AUGGCAGAGGCUUUGGUUUCUGAGGUGCUGGGACAGUUGGCUUCCAUCACAACUCGCUUGGCAGUGGAAGAGCUGAGGCGGGUAAAGGAUGCUGAUAAAAACAUAUCCAGUCUCAGAAGAAAGUUCAAAGACAUACAAGCUGUGCUGGAGGACGCCGAAAGGAAACAACUGGAUGAUGCCGGUGCUAGACGUUGGCUGGAUAAGCUCACUGAUGUUUCUUACGACAUCGAUGAUGUGCUGGACGAGUGGAGCACUGAAGCCCUCAAAUCCGAAAUUCAAAAACGUGUGGAAGCGGAAGAAAAUGAUCACCAUCAAAAAGUAGCUGAUAAGAAGAAGAAGAAGAAGAAGAAGGGAUUGCCAAAGAGAGACAACAUCACUCUUUGGAAACAACAAGUUGUUCAAAAGCAGACAAGAGAGACUAUCUCCUUUGUUGAUGAAUCUCAAGUGUAUGGUCUGGAUGGGCCUAAGAGUGCUCUAAUAGAAAAGUUGCUCAGUGAGAGUAGUGAAGGGCGGCCUGGUGGUUGUAAAUCAGUUCCUGUUAUCAUCCCUAUUGUGGGGAUGGGGGGAAUUGGGAAAACCACUCUUGCCCAACUUGCAUUCAAUGAUGAAAAGAUCAAAAUACACUUGUCUGAGCGGAUGUGGGCGUGUGUUUCAGACCCUUUGGACGAGAUUAAAGUUGCCAAAGCAAUUAUUAAAUCUCUCAAAGGUGGUCACCAAAAUUUAGAAACAUUGGAAGCCUUAUUCCAACGUAUUCGGGAAUCCAUCGAGGGAAAGAAGUUCCUUCUUGUCCUAGAUGAUGUAUGGAGCGAUGACCAUGAAAAAUGGGAAAAAUUCAUACAACCGCUUAGAUUGGUUGCUGUUGGAAGUAGGGUGUUGACAGACUAUUAUCUGUUUGUGGAGUAUGACCCAGGUCAGUGGGCCACUGGGCCUGGUUGA